UUGAUCAGGUGAUUGCCCUCUCUGGUUAGGAGAUGGAGAUGGAGGCGCCCGAGAGCGGCGGAUAUGUGGAGCUCUUCGUGCGGAAUAUCAGCUACCAGGCAAGCGUCGAGCAAUUCGUGGAAUUUCUUGAGGGCGUGGUCGGGCGCGAGAGUGUGAUUUCUUGCGAGCUGCUCAGCAACGACAAUGGCCGCUCCAAAGGCCGGGCGAUCGUCAAGCUUUCGACGGAACACGCCGCGGUGGUGCUGCAUAGAGCUGGGCUGGGCCUGCGAUUCGCUGGAAGAAAACUCGUGGCCAAUGUAAGCAACAGGGUCCAGCACAACCCGCAGCAUCCAAAUGCCCGGGCAGGGAGCGCGAAGCUCUACUGUGGGAAUUUGGCCGAGGAUCAAACGGUGGAGUAUCUGUGGUGCUCGUCCCAAGCCAAGGCCGAGUUUUUCUUCUCGGACCCUGUCAAGGUGGAGCUUCUUGUCGACGGCGACUACAAAAUGGAGAUCAUAUCAAGCAGCAUUGCCUCGCUCGAGAGCUGUAAGAUCUCUCCCGAGAAUUCUCCAGGCCUCGUGUUCCAGGUAAUCUUUCUAACUUCGACUCAAAGAUUUUCUUCGCUGUCUUUCACUUUUUCUUUCCAGCUCUAUUAUCCUCCUCGCGUCUACAAGCGACUCGAAAACUCCUGCAGCAUUUUCUCAUACUCCAGAGCAGAUAUCUGCGACGACUAUCUCUGGGCUCGUGCCACCGAUUUUACUCCUGACAGUGCACUUGGCCAGUCGGUGGUGUUCUGCCUCGAGCUCCCGGAUUCUUCCCAAGACGAGCUACGCAAGAUCAUCCAGAAGUUUAAUGACUACAACUUGGGCGACUAUCCUCCUCGCUUCAGACGAAUGGUGUUGAGGAGAGGCCAGCCUUUUUCAGUCCGUCAGCUAGCCGUGCCGGUUCUCAGCUCGACCUGUGGAUUUGAUCUUCCUUUGGAGGUGGAGUUCAAGGUAAACUAUUUGAUCCAAAAUGGCCACGUCAGUCCAGCAGGUCUUACACGUGAGUUCUUCGGCUUGCUAUCCGAGAACACGCCAGCAUGGUGCCUCUCGGCUUUGAGCAAUCUCGAAAGGUGCGAAAAAACGUGCCUAAAUCCCGCAAGUCAGAUCCGAAACUAUAUGAGGACCAGCAACAGAAGACGCGAGAGGUAUCUUGGGGCUGUAGCCGCGGAUGAAAGCCAGAUAUAUGUCAAGCGUUUGCUCGUCACUCCUCUCAAAGUCUACUUCCUCGGACCUGAGCUCGAGGAGUCGAAUCGCGUGACAAGGCAUUUUUCUCACAAGCUCGACAACUUUCUCCGCGUCACUUUCGUCGACGAGGACUUUGAUUCGCUCAACUCUUAUGUUCUCAGCUCGAGCAGGGGAAGGACGAAGACUGAAGUCUACUAUCGGCUGCUGGCUAUCCUACGGCUCGGCAUAAAGCUCUGCGGCAAAGACUUCCAGUUUCUGGCCUUUUCAGCGAGCCAGUUGCGUGAGAAUUCGCUCUGGAUGUUUGCGGACGACGACGAGGUUACCGGCGAGUACAUUAGGCAAUGGAUGGGUGACUUCCUCUCGAUCAGAAACGUGGCAAAGUGCGCAGCAAGGAUGGGCCAGAGCUUCUCUACUUCAACUCGUACUUUGGACGUGCCUCGGGGAGAAGUCCGUCAGCUAAGCGACGUAGAAACCUUCACCAUGGACGGUCAUAAGUAUUGCUUCUCGGACGGGAUAGGGACCAUCUCGAGAGAGUUUGCGACUCGAGUCGCGAGAAGAUGUCGUGCAAGCACCGUCCCUUCGGCAUUCCAGAUCAGGUAUGGAGGCUACAAAGGCGUUGUCGCUGUGGAUCCGGCCUCUUGUUUCAAGUUAUCGCUACGACCAAGUAUGUCCAAGUUUCCGUCCGAGCAAACUACUCUGGACGUUCUGGAGAAGACGCGCUACAUUCCGUCCUAUCUAAACCGCGAGAUUAUCUCCCUGCUUUCGACACUGGAAGUCCCUGACGGAGUCUUUGAGCGAAUGCAAGCGCACCAAGUAGAGCUUCUCGACAGGAUGCUGCUGGACUCGGCAGCUACUUACGACGUUCUCAGAGUUUUAUACGCUGGAGAGUGCCACAAGCUGCUGGUCUCAAUGGUGCUCGCUGGUUUCAGUCCGGUCACUGAGCCUUACAUGAGAAGCUUGCUACAAGCUUUCAGAGCGGCGCAGCUGCUAUCUCUCGAGAAGAAGUCUCGUAUCUUCGUUCCAAAAGGAAGGCUACUUAUGGGGUGCUUGGACGAGCAGCGAGUGCUUCGGUAUGGACAGUGCUUUGUGCAAGUCUCGCCACUACAGGGUGUGCCGGUGGAAGAAGAGAUUCACUGUGACAGGGGAGUUACUGCCAGGAACCAAGCUUUUGUGGUGACAGGAUCUGUGGUGGUCGCAAAGAAUCCAUGCCUUCAUCCAGGAGACGUGCUAGUACUCGAAGCGGUUGAUGUUCCGGAGCUUCACCACAUGGUCGAUUGCAUUGUUUUCCCUCAACAAGGACCACGGCCCCAUCCAAACGAGUGCUCGGGAAGUGAUCUCGACGGCGACCAGUACUUCGUGAGCUGGGAUAGCGCACUUAUCCCUCCAAAGCGACAUCCACCGAUGAAUUACGAAGCCCCGCCUGCCGUGGAACUGGAUCACUCCGUAAGGCUUGAGGAGAUUCAAGAGUUUUUUGUGAACUGGAUAACGAGCGACAGCCUCGGAGUGAUAGCACACGCCCACCUCGCUCUCUCGGACUGGUCAGACUUGCAAGCCCGCGAUCCAAAGUGCAUGGAGCUGGCGAGGCUCUACUCGGUAGCAGUCGAUUUCCCAAAGACCGGAGUUCCAGCCGUUAUGCCACCGGAGCUUCGGCCCGAGCAGUAUCCCGACUUCAUGGAGAAACGGAACAAGAGGACAUACAUAUCCACACGCGUUAUCGGAAAGCUCUACAGAUCCAUCCGAGAAAGCCACAGGGACACCAACACGAGCCCUCUGGUGUCCGAGCGUUCAUUCGACCAGCAAUACGAUCGGGCGCUCGUCGUCCAGGGGUACCAGAGUCACCUGGAAGAGGCAAAGUUCUUCAAGGAGUGCUACGACAGCAAGCUGACGAGCAUUCUCAAUCACUACAAAGUUAGCGAGGCCGAGAUUAUGAGUGGAAGCGUCCGGAGUUUGGCGAGGUACUCGAGGAGGAGGCAGGGCGACGCCAUGGCUCGAGUGGUGCUGGCUGCCAAGGCUCUGGUGAAGGAAGCUCGGGGAUGGUUUGACGAUGGUGGCGAGAUCACUGAGAACGAGGCCUGUGCCAAGGCUUUUGCGUGGUAUCACGUAACUUAUCAUCCGGAAGCCAGGAAGAAGAGUGAUCUCCUGAGUUUUCCAUGGGUGGUCUCCGACAAGCUUGUGGCGAUUAAAAAGAGGAACUCCGCGAGAUCAUAAUAUUUUAACUUUUAUUUAGAUAAACGAAAUGCUUACUAAAAAAUUGGAUUUUUUUUAAA